AUGCAGGAAAUUCGGAAGGAAAAUGAAGUCUUGCGCCGUAUUGCUCAAGCCAGUAAUGCAAUUCGACGGAAGCAUAAAAUCCUCAAGACGGGAAAAGAGUCGCUGCAGGAAACAAUAGAGGAAGUCUUCAAACCUGUGGUAACCCCGCUGCAGGCAUUAGUCAACGUCUCUCGAGACGCGAAACCUGUAAAGCAGGACGUGAAGGAAAAAAUCAAAACUGAAACGAUGAAUAAACCGAAGAACGAAAUGGAAUCUGAAGCUGAAGAUUCUUUUGCAACUGCAGAGGAAGAGGAUCAAACAAUCACAGAACAGAACGAGCUGGAUACUUUAUACGGGGUACGGAACCUUUCUACCGCCGGGCUGAUGAUUGGUAACUCACCGAUAAGCUUCGAGCGCAAUUUCAUUCGCAUAGGGAGUACAGUGUACCCGAAAACUCAAGGUCUGCUGGAGUUGUUGUUCAAGAAGAUGCCGAACAGCGUUCACGUCGCCCCCAACGACAAGAAGAAUUACAAGAACAUCCUUCUCGCAACAAAUGCUCACAGAAAGUAUUACAGCGCCACCGAGCCUAUCCGAAACACCCCCUGCGCCAAAUUCAAGCACCUAAUUGCAGAGCUGCUUGACAUCAAUACAUCAUCACCAUCGUCAUCGAAGCGUACGGGCGAAGGUGUUUUGCUACCUCAGGCUUGGGUUACACGACAGGGUGUUAGAACAGAUUAUAUUUUCUGGGACGACGCAAACGAGUUGGUGGAACGUCUUCGUUUGCUGACGGCAUCUCAAGCGGCUGGGAAUACAAGUCACAACAACGAAAUUAUGUCGAUUCUCCAAGAAUUGCGGGAAGCCGGAAUCAUCUAUUGA